AUUUAUCUACUUAAAAAGAUUGAUUAUUUAGUUGAGAAAUGAAAUAAAAAGUUUCAGUGCGAAAGUGCAGUACAUUUAUAAUAAUUUGAAACCAAAAACAAGUUUUAAUAAAAACGUGAUUAAUUGUAAUUGUAGUUGAUAUAUAAUUCUAAUUAACUAAGAAAACAAUCCUUAGUGCAAAUUAUAUAUUAACACAUAUCUACGUAUUUAGAAUCCAAAACCCAUUACAAAUUAUUGAUAUUAUUAAAUUUCACUUUAAUCUGUGAAUACAAUAUAGUGAAUGCUAAUAAAAAGUGACUUGAAAUCAUAAAAAAGUUUUAUUAUAUUAAUGUAUAUAAAUAAUUAAUUAACAAAAUGAAUGUGAAAGUCGUAAGUGAUAAAAAAGUAGAUUUGGAUGAUGUUUUGGAUAAGUACAGUAUAUACAAACGUUAUCAUGUAGAAAAGAUGAUAUUGACAUUCGUGGCCUUCGCUACCAAUGCUAUGUACUGUGCUAAUUACGUAUUUGCCGCGGAAGAAGUUCCUCACAGAUGCAAGGACGACUUUGAAAAUGCCUCCUCCUCCUACUGCAGUGCCUCCAACACCACUCACGUUUGCUCGGAGUGGGUGUACGAUGAUCCUAAUAGUUUUGUUGCUUACUUUGAACUAGCCUGUCAAGAUUGGAAGAGGACGCUUGUGGGGACGGCGCACAGUUUUGGAUACAUGUGUGGCUUGUUACUCGUGGGACCCAUGUCUGAUAGAUUAGGAAGAAAAUCAGCAGUUGUGAUAACGGGAAUUUUAGGGGCAGUUUUUGGCACUUUGAGGAGCUUUUCCGCGUGGUACUGGUUUUACAUCGCGAUGGAGUUUCUGGAGGCUGCCCUGGGCGACCUUUGCUCGCCGAUGUAUGUGUUGACAUUAGAAAUGGUGUCUACGAAAAAGAAGCUAGUAUACUUUAUGAUAUGCAGCUUCGGUUUUACGUUUGGGGGAGUUGCUUUAGCUGUGAUAGCCUGGUUAACACCUGACUGGAGGUGGUUCCUCCGAGCUAUAUACACACCAGCGUUCCUAUUCUUCACUUACAAGUACUUAUUAGACGAGAGUCCAAGAUGGCUACUAACUAAAGGAAGGAGAGAUGAAGCAGUGGCUAUACUAGAGAAAGCAGCGAAGAAAAAUAAAAUCCACAUAGAUAGGAACUCCUUACAGAACUUAACAUGUGAAGUGAGGCAAAAUGUGAAACUCUCCGAGUUAUUACGUGAUACGUUUAAAUCAAAAACGCUGAGGCGACGUUUCUUCGUAUGUUUGGUUUGGUGGACGACUUGCACCUUUGUGAACUAUGGCCUGAUGAUCAAUUCUGUAUCUUUGCAAGGGAAUAAGUAUGUGAACUUUGCACUCACGAUGGCGGUCGACCUUCCCGCUACAGUGGCCAACACUUACGUAUUAAUUCAUUUCAAUAGAAAGAUUCCUUUGAUGCUCUCGUUUUUUGCCGGUGCUGUUAUGUGUAUGUCGCAACCAUUUCUGCCAACAAAUUUGCCUUGGCUGUCAGUGCUGGUAUACAUGGCUGGGAAGCUGAUGUCCUCUUCCUACUUCGCCAUAACGUACCUCUACACCUUGGAGCUGUUCCCGACGUAUACCAGGAACUCCAUGCACGCGCUGUGUUCCUCCCUCGGGCGGAUAGGCUCCAUUGUGGCACCACAGACUCCACUUCUGAUGGUGUAUUGGCCCGGACUGCCGUCAUUUGUAUUCGGUCUAGCUGCGCUCAUCGCUGGUCUGUCUACCUUCUUAGUGCCGGAUAUAUGUGACGAAGCUCUACCCGACACUGUACAUCAAGCAGAAGCGUUGGGGAAACUGAAGAUACCACCAAAGACUACUGGGGUGUUUAACGAGGGUUUUGAUACUCAAUUGUAAUGCUGAUUUAUUAUAUUUAUAUUACUCA